AUGUCUGAGCCGUCGGAGCGUAUGGGGCCGAGUGCGCCGCGCGCGGAUAUGGUCGCGAAUGCGGUCUCGUUUCUGGAGGAUCCCAACGUCCAGAGCUCCUCCAUGUCGCAGCGCAUCAGUUUCCUCGAGUCCAAGGGCCUGACGUCGCAGGAGAUCGACCGAGCGCUGAGCCAGGUGGGCCGUGCCCCUCCGCCGCUGCCGCCGUCUGCACCGUACCCGAUGAUGCCUGCAUACCCACCUGCGCGCCCGCAGCGCGAUUGGCGCGACUGGUUCAUUAUGGCUGUCGUGUCGGGCACGGUGGGCUACGGUGUCGUGUCGCUUGCACGACGAUACCUGUAUCCGCACCUGCAGCCGCCGAACAAGACGGUGCUGGAGGAGGAGCGCGAGGCGCUCGAGGCCAAGUAUGACGAGGUUGCGCUGCAUCUGGAGGAGCUGGAUCAGACGACGGAGGCGAUGAGCCAGGGCCUUGCCGCGCAGCAGUCGGCGAUCCAGGCGAGCGUACGUGGCGUCAAUGACCUCGUGGCCGAGUCGCGGUCGCGGGAGGAGCAGCGCGAUAAGGAUCUGGAGCACAUGAAGUCGGAGAUGGAGUCGAUGCGCGAGGAGUUUGCGUCGAUGCUGGAGCGCUCGCGCGCGUCGUCCAUUACGGCGCUCACGGAUCUGCAGGGCGAGCUCAAGUCGCUGCGCUCGCUGCUCGUGUCGCGCGGCGGCCUCAGCACGCCGAGUGCGUCGGCGCCGGCGGAGUCGUCGGCCCCGCCGCCGGCCAAGGCAGCGCCGCAGAUUCCUGCGUGGCAGCUCGAGUCGCACGAUGAAUAG